CGCGCAUCAGAGGAUGGCGGACGCAGGGAGCAGCAAGCGCAAACGUGACGAGAGCCAUGAGCGUAAGCUGCCGCUCAAUAAGGAGCGUCGCACCAAAGUCCGCCAGGAGCACAUGGAGGAUGAGUUUGCGGAGACGUAUCACGGACUUACCGCUCUGUAUAAGCUGCUGGAGGUCAAGCACCUCCAAAGUCCGUUAUUCUUGCCAAGGACGCUGAGUUAUCGUUUGGAUCCGGCUUGGCAGCAAAAGGAGGCCAAAGCAAAGAAGGAGAAGAAGCAGGUAAAGAAGGCGCAGGCUGGUGCCACCAUGAAGGAUUUCAAGAUCGGCAUGACAUCCGAUACCAUGGAGGCCUUCAAGAGCCAAAAACAGCGUCCAGGAGUGCUGGUCUCGCUCUACAAAGCUGACGGCAAGAAGUUCGAUGACAAUCAAUUCACGCUUCUUGCCACGUGUUUAAUCCCCGUGCCAUGCUCCAAGGAUCUGACGCUUUCCAAGGAGUUCGUGGACCUCAACGCCGAUAUUUGCGUCGCAGUCUUCCAGGUGGUGGAGAUCAGUGACGUCGGCGAGACGAUCGCUGCCCAGUCGGCUUUUAAGUUCGCAGCUCCGUCAGUGGCGUCCAUCGUAAGGGGGAAGGACUUGCUGACGACGUGUGCCAACGGCCGCAAGCCUCUCUUCGGCAACCUCCUGCGUCUCAACAUGUCACGUCGUCGUGUGGGAUAUGUUACCGUUGAAUUGCCGGCGAUUGCGUCGUCGGUCAAUGGUGGCGUCAAGUGCGAGUUCCGCAUCACGUGGGAUCCGCUGCCUAAGACGAAAAAGAUGCAGCGUCUUGCAAGCAUUUAUGACGCCAAGCUGAAGUCGGAGGACGAGAGCAAGCAAAUCGACGAGGACUUCGCAUUAGCCGUCCCGAAACGGGAUGUUACCUCUGCUGAGCAGAAUCCGUGUUCAGGGGUGUGGUUCCAUUUUCUGUACCAUUCGAUGUUGCGACGAAUGAGCGAGAAGCGCAUGGAGUACUCGUGCGCAUGGUGCAACAUGUUUGCUGGCUCAUUGCGUGGUCUGGUUGCUCACUUGGUUUCGUCCCACGACCGCUUCCGCUUCCAAGCUACGGUUGGACACGAUAACAUCCCGCACAUUUAUGUGAUGGUAAUGCAAGAGUAUCACCCGCGGAAUGGCAGCUCCGGUCGCCGCUCAGCGUUGUCGGAGCUUGACAUGUUUCCGAAUGAGGAGCCAAGUCGCUUUGAGCACCACUUUACCCACUUGUCUGGAAAGAAAUAUGGCCCGUAUGGCUCUCAGGCAGUGGAGGCUGUUGAAGGCUUGAUGCAGGAGUUUGAUGAGAUGGAUGAGCUCUCGCAAGAACAGCCCCAGGAGUUCUAUGCGCCUCUUCUACAACGCCAGUAUUUCCACUCUCGAACUGGCGCUGUGGUACUGGACCACGAAAAGGACUAUGACAGCGACGACGAUGUUGAUGAGACUUGGAUCACCAAGCAGAGCGAGCGGUUACUGGACGAAUUUGAGGAUGUCUCGCUGGAAGAGAAGGAGUUUAUGAAGAAGUGGAACCGCCACGUGAAGGAGUCCAAGAUCCUGGCCGACUUUAUGGUAGCGUCUUCGUGCCGCAUGUUCGCUCGGAACCACGGGAGAUGGCUCCUGGAUCACGGUUUGCGCCACAACUUUCUGCUCCAUUUGCUUAAUUUAUGGGACAACUCGUUGUUGAACUCACGUGCGAUCAUCGACUGCAUGCUAAUUGUUGACCAAAACAAGUUGAAAGCGGACACGCAAGCGAAAGGGGAGUCGCUGCAGGAGAAAGUGGAGGAGACACCAGCGAGCACAACCUACGUGGAGGUGCUUCCCGACCCCGGCGCAGACAUCUUUUCCUCGUCGGAAGAAGAUGGCGAAGGCGCCCGCUUCUUCCGCCUCGUCCGACGUCGACGCGCUUUAUGCUUGCAGUCAUGUGAGUGA